AUGCACUUCCUUUUUGGUGAUCACAUGCAGCUUGCUGCACGCGGAUCCCACCCUUGCCUCUCGCCGCCUUGUGCCGCCACCCGUUUCUCUGUGUGCCUGCGGUGGAGCGUUUCGCUCUUAACUGGCACCUUGUUGCUGCCGCCUGCCACGUGCUGUCACAUCGCCCUUACCUCGCCAGCGCCAGCCUCCAGCGAUUCCCCAUUCGGCGCCUCCAGUGAAGCUGCCUCGCUCGCACCACACCUGCACCUCCAGUGCAGGCGCACGCCUUGCAUUGGGCUCGGCCCAUCAGCCAUGGCUCGGAUGACUGCAGUGGCCAUGCUGCUGCCAGGGCUGCUAGCUGGCCUCGUUCUCGGCGCUGCCAUCAGCCUCAAUAGCAUCAUGCCUCCUGGCAGGGAUUUUUCAUACCGUGCACCAGUUACAGCUGAUCUUGCUCGUGGUUUCGAGAGACAGCAUGUCAAUCACUCUCCCAUGCUGCCAACUCCUUCCCUCGCUCAUGCCAAUGUUACUGUCUCUAGUCCCAACGCCACGUAUGGACCUCCCACUCAUGCCAACGCAAUUGCGGCAUCCAGUCAGCAUGCCCACGCUCUCAACGUGCCGAUUCACUCCUUCAACACCCUGCUUCCGGUUUUUAUGCUGUAUUUUGCCGUCACCACAUUUGUGGUGCUGCUGUGGGGGAUGGACGUCACCCACACGCAAGUCAGAGCAUGGGUGUAUCAGCAGGGUUCGGCUGUGGUAGCUGGGCUGAUGAAAGUGAAGAGUAUACGUGAGAUCUUCCCUCUGCUUCACAGCCCCAUUCCUGGAAUGGAGAAAUUGGGUGAGGUGAUUGGUUCUGCCUUGGCGAGCAUAAUUGGAACACACGAGUUGGAGAUGAAAAUGAGGGCGCUUGGCCUGCAGCUGGAAGACACACGGAGGGAGAUGAGGGGGCAGGUGGAGGAGAGGAAGAGGGAUGUAGAGAAUGCUGAAAGAAGAAUGGCGGAGAUAAGGGAAAUGAAAGGGCUGUUGGAGGAGAGGGCGAGGGGGUUGGAAGCAGAAUUGGCUGCAGCGAAAGGAGAGCUGGAUGAACAGAGGCAAUCAACCACAUUGCAGUUGGAGGAGGCUGAGAGAAGACGAGUGACGGAGAUGAGAGGGAAGGUGGAGGAGUGGGAGAGGGGGUGGGCAGAAGUGAAGGUGGACCUUGCUGAACACAAGGGGCGCUAUUGCAGAACAGCUGGAUAUGGCUGA